AUGGCAACUGUGGUCCUUGGUCCAGCCGAUAAGCCCCCUGUUGGACACUUAGCUGGAGAAAUUAUGCUGUAUCACAAGCUGAAGGCAAUAUUUGCGCCACCCUCAGUAUUUGAGCAGCUAAUACUGGAGUCUCAAGCCCUCGAGCUUAUGAAAGACCUUGAGUUCUUGCUCUAUGCUGGAGGGCCAUUGAGUGAGAACACUGGAGGUAUCCUCAGCAAAAUGACUAACGUCUGUCAAUUUUACGGCUCGACGGAGACGAACGGCAUCCCAACACUUCUCGCUCAACGUGAGGAUUGGGCUUACCUUGAAUUCCACCCGUUCGCUGGCGUAGAAAUGCGACCAUCCGAUGACGAUGCUUUUGAAUUGAUCCUUCACAAUGACCCACAAGCCCGAGAAAGCCGGAGCUUCUCCUGUAAUUACCCAAACAUUGAAGAGUAUCAGUCCCGAGACUUGUUCAAACCUCACCCAACGAAGCCUCAUCUAUGGAGAUUCCAUGGUCGGAAAGACGAUAUCAUAGUGUUGUCUAACAGCGCUAAAAUCAAUCCCGUGCCUAGUGAGGCCAUCAUCACAGGCCAUCCUUUAGUGUCCGCAGCUUUGGUAGUAGGUUUUGGUCGUUUACAGCCAGCGCUGCUGCUUGAGCCAAUGCCCGAAGUCGAGCUAGCAAUCAGUGCUUUGAUCGACGAGAUCUGGCCUACUAUUCAAUAUGCAAAUCAGCAAGCUCGUGACUAUGGCCGUAUCGUUCGAGCCAUGAUAGUGGUCGCGAAUGUCAACAAGUCUUUUGAGAGAGCUGGCAAAGGUACUGUGAUGCGAAAGAUGACGACGGAAAAAUUCGCCUCUGAGAUUGAGGCAUUGUAUUCGGACCUUGAUCAGCCGCUCGGGAAGUCCAGUAUUGUACUGACUCGUCCGAAGGAGCUCUCACAAGUCAAACACUUCGUAAGUGCUUGUGUAAAUGAGACCUUUAAAGUUCCUGAGCUCGGCGAGCGUGAAGACAUCUUCGUACGAGGUCUUGACUCAAUUGGGAGCAUUGCCAUCACUCGGUCAAUCAAAGCUGGUUUUCCUAUGUCGGAUAAGUCGUGGCUCUCAGUUCAGACUUUGUAUGCUCAUCCAAGCAUUGAAAAGCUGGCAGAAGUCGUAUAUCACAAGUUAAAUCUGGAAUCAAGUACGGCUUCUCAAGCAAAUGGUAUCGAAACCCCAAGAAUUGCCGAGAUAUCAGCAUCAGUUGCGAAAUAUACCAAAACCCUUACCCCGAAGCUGAACGUCCUCCUGACCGGCUCGACCGGCUCACUAGGCACUCGUAUCCUUUCCAAUCUCAUUACAUCUCCAAGAAUCGGCCAAAUCACUUGCCUUAAUCGCUCUUCCAACGCCUCAGCGAGGCAGCAAAAAACAUUCAUGGCCUUAGACUUCCAACACGAAUUAUCAGAAGUCUCCUUCAUCACCGCCAGUCUCAGCUCUACACGUCUUGGCAUCUCAGAUGAAUCAUAUGAUGCCCUUGUUGCAACAGCAGACAUCAUCAUUCACAACGCAUGGCCUGUCAACUUCACCCAUACCUUCGCAACAUUCGAACCCCAUCUCAUCGGCAUCCGCAAUCUCAUCGACUUCAAUCUCCAGUCUAAGAAGAAUCCGCGCAUAAUCUUCGUCUCCUCUGCUUCUUCAGUGUCGAAUUACCACCAUGUCGACCGUUCUGCGAGCGCUGUGCCAGAACAUCUCGUCACCAAUCAUGUCGCCCCGGCGCACAUGGGCUACGCGGAGAGUAAAUACGUCGCUGAAUGCAUCCUCGGCGAAGCGGCGAGGCAGUGUGACGUUCUCGUUAGUAUUCUCAGAGUGGGACAGAUCGCAGGUGUGGUCUCUGGGCCAGGUAUAUGGAGCAAAAAUGAGUGGAUUUAUGCGAUGCUGAAGAGUUCGAAGACAUUGCGUUGUUUGCCGACGGAUCUAGAGCAUGUGGAUUGGGUUCCUGUGGACACUGUUGCAAAAUUUGUCAUGGAUAUCGUAGCCUCGCAGAAAGAUGUUGGAGCCAAACUUGACGUCAUGAAUGUAGUCAACCCUCAUCCCGUACCCUGGAGCCAGUUCGUGCCCGCCAUUCUUGCUCGUCUUGGCCAAGAGGAAGUCAAGGCUGUGCCGAUGAGCGAGUGGGUCAACAGACUUGAAAGGGCAGAGAGGGAGAGCGAUGUUCAAAACAAGAAAGUGCUUGAUGAAUUGCCAGCGCUUAAGAUCAUUGAUUUCUUCCGGAUGGUGGCUCAACCGCCGUCCAUUAGGCUUGCUACGGACAUGGCUAGAGCAAGAAGUAAAACAUUAUCAAAUUUGGAACCCGUCAGUGAGGCUUGGAUGGAUAUCUGGCUUGAGAGGUGGGGUCUUUAA